AUGACAGAAGCUCUCGUAUCCAUACCAACCUUUUCGAAGCUAUCUUCCAGAGUAUGGAGAGUGCUUGGUUUGAAUCCUGGAAAGGUUACUUUACAAGGCACGAAUACGUAUAUCUUGGGCGCAGGUGCUCAGAAGCUGCUGCUUGACUGUGGUCAAGGCAUAUCAGAGUACACUCCUCUCCUUGAAAAUUCUCUUAAAGAUAUUCAAGCAGAUGCAUAUAUAUCUGAUAUCAUCAUCUCCCAUGGUCACUUUGACCACUGGGGCGGUCUUCAUGAUAUCUUAUCUUCUUCAAUCCUUAAUCCAAAGAAGCAAAUUCGUGUACACAAAUUUCCUCUGCCCUCUGGUAAACAUGUAGACCAUUUGAAGGAUUUCCCACAAGACAUUUCUGUCCUACCUCUGAAAGAUGAACAAACAUUCAAAGUGGAUGACGCGACACUUAGAGUGAUCUACACACCUGGACACACUUCAGAUCAUUGCACGUUUUGGUUAGAGGAAGAGGAAAGUCUAUUUACUGCAGAUUGUGUAUUGGGUCAAGGAAGUACCAUAUUUGAGGAUUUACAUCAGUAUCUUUCUGGACUUGAAAAACUAGCCAAACUACAGCCAAGGAGACUCUACCCUGGCCAUGGGCCUGUCAUUGAGAAUGGAACAAACAAGAUAAAUGAAUACAUUCGACAUCGCUUAGAAAGAGAGGACCAGAUUAUACAGCUAUUUAAUCAACAAGAUGGCUGGACUCCCAUGGAAAUUGUUAAAGUUCUGUACAAGGACUACCCCGAAUCACUUCAUCUUCCUGCUGCUAGAAGCGUCGUUUUGCACCUCUACAAGCUACAUAAAGAUGGAAAAGCCAAGACAGCAAAACAUUAUGACUUUGUACAAGAGAAUUAUCAUCUCAUUAUAAAUUCCAAGUGGUAUUGGGUUAAUCAGAAUAAUUUAUAA